GCUGCUUGAUGUUUUCAGUCGUUUAGUUACUGUCUAACUAGUAUUACGUUCAAACGUUGGCGGGUAACGGUAAUUGGUGGCAAAUUUCUCAACAAAUUCAUUUUGAUAAAAUAAAAAAUGCGAAAAUGCUUGAAAGUCUCACUAAAAAACGUUUUUUUAGUGAUUACAUUAAGUGUAGCCACAAGAGCGGCGGUAGUGGGGUACGGCAUAUGCACAAAUCCAAAUCAGGAAGCCGGCCUUUGUAUAUCAAUUCAAGACUGCGGUUUGCUUUUUGAAAUUCUAACGACAAAUCUCACCGCUGAAAACAAAGCAUUCUUACAAGAAAGUCAAUGUGGACAAGAUAAAUCCCAGUCAUCGAGUGCUCUGCAAGUCUUGGUUUGCUGCCCGCAUCGUUUGCUUAAAGAAAGAACUACGGAAUCAAAAGGCGUGCCCGGCAACACACUACCAGAGGUAGGAACAUGUGGUCAUGUUCUGAGCACGCGCAUCUACGGAGGUAACGUUACUAAGAUUGAUGAGUUUCCCUGGAUGACUUUAAUUAGAUACCAAACUGGUCUCAAUACUUUUGGGUUUUUCUGCGGGGGUACUCUGAUCAACUCACGUUAUGUUUUAACUGCAGGUCACUGUUUAAAACAUCCUGAUAUGCCUGCUUCAUGGCAAGUUUACAGUGUUCGCUUAGGAGAGUGGAACAUAGAAACAAAUCCGGAUUGUGUUGAAGAUGUGAGGGGCAAAAAAGACUGCGCCCCUCCCCAUAAGGACGUUCUUAUCGAAUAUGCAAUAGCUCAUGCCAAUUAUGUAGCAAACUCCAAGGAUCAAUUUAAUGAUAUUGCUUUGAUACGUUUAAUCGAGAGUGUUGAGUAUACUUUUUUUAUAGCGCCUAUCUGUUUACCUACAUCUGACGAAUUAAGAAGUAAAAGUUUCGUAAAUACUACCAUGGAUGUAGCAGGUUGGGGCUUAACAGAAAAGAAAGUUCCCAGCUCGGUGAAAUUAAAAAUUAUGGUCGAUGUUUGGAAUAUAAGUAGUUGCCAGAGUACGUACCGAACUUUUCAAAUGCCCAUCAGCGAGGAAAUACAAUUGUGCGCAGGCGGUGCUCCUUCGAUUGAUACCUGCCGUGGAGAUUCCGGCGGGCCUCUAAUGACAACGCAAAAAAUUAAUGGCAGGGAGGCUUACUACGUAGUGGGCGUUGUAUCAUAUGGACCCAGACCCUGCGGCCUGCAAGGUUGGCCAGGUGUGUAUACGAGAGUUGGACAGUACAUCAAUUGGAUCAAAAGCAAUUUAGUAGCAUAAACGCAAUUAUCGACUUAACGUCUUAUAAAUAAAAAUACUCUAAAUAAAGUCUUUCGCGCCAAAGGCUUGCAUUUGA